AUGAGUGCGGAAUACGGACUUUUUGACUUAGCUGUGGUGUCCUUACGGGAUAGCGAACAAGAAGGGGACUCUGGAAUGAAGGGGAACGCAGACGACCACCUAUACAACAUGGACUUUCAGACAAAUAAAUCUAAAGACCCGGAUUUAAAUGGAAGCACGUUUAGCUACACUAACGGAACGAUGAAUAUGGGAUCUUCGUCAGAAUUGACAACUACAGAUGAACUGAAAGUGUGCUCUGUACAUGAGUUACCGCUGGAUCGGUACUGUAGUACGGAGGGAAAACUCACUUGCUCUCUCUGCGUUACUCGCGGGUCUUGUCAGGGUCACAGAGUGACAGAACUGGUUGUACGAGCCACAGCAGUAAGGAACCAGUUGGUGGACAUUUGUGAGAAAAUGCAGCUGCAAUCUCUCCGAAUAGAACGCUUUAUAAAGCACACCUUGACUGCAAAAGAGAGAGCUGUGCAGGUAGAGGCAAGCAUUGCGCGGGAGCGGGUGGUGGCUCAGGUGAACAGUGUCCGAGAAGCUCUGGAGGAGGAGGAGCAGCGUCUGCUGGAGGCCGUGCAGAGGGAGCAGGAGCGGGUAGAGCAGUGCCUCCUGACGCAACAGGUGCACUGGAACAAGGCUCUGGACACUCUGACGCAGGCCCGCACACGCCUGGUGCACACACUCACCCACUCGACGGAUGCUGCACUCAUGAGUUCCAACCAGGAAAUAUCAGACAGAAUCGAGGAGGCGGAGGGGGUUGGGGAGCCCAGAGACACACAGCAUCUUAAUGUGUGCAGAGAGUGCAGUGACAGCGAGCUGAUGUUGGGGAUGUGGGCCAGCGCCAUGAUCCUGGCUCCAUCAGCGCACAGUCUCAUUAGCCUGCGUUUUGAUGAGCGUACCGUCAGCCCCCUCCUCUCGCUCUCGCCGGAUGGCCACACUCUCACUUUCAUACCCAAGAGACGGGGCCAGGCACCUCCCUACGACCCAGCACGCUUCGACAGCUGGCCCAAUGCCCUCUGCUCAUAUGCCCUCUCCUCAGGCACGCACGCCUGGCUGCUGGAAGUGGGCACCAGCGCCGCCUUCAAAGUGGGCGUCUGCUACAGCAGCAUGGAGCGCAAGGGCUCAGGCAACGAUGCCCGCUUAGGCUACAACGCCAAGUCCUGGGUGCUGUCGCACUAUGACGGCAACUUCUCCUUCUGCCACAGCGGAUGUAACGUGGCCAUCGCCAUGGUGAAGAGGCCCUCUCGAGUGGGUCUGUUACUGGACUGGAGUGCACACACCCUGCUGUUCUAUGACCCGGACUCGAAGGCCGUGCUGCAUGCUGUCCGGCAGGUGUUCAGUGAGCCCCUCCUGCCCGCCUGCGCCGUGGCUGAUCAAAGCGUCUCUAUAGUGCACUGACUGCUGCUGCUGUGCUGUAUCACUGAAUGUAUGAGAUCUUAAAGGAAUAUACAGAUGUAUAACAAACUUGUGUGGAAAGCUCUAAAUGAUGAAGAUAAACACUAAGACCACAUUUUUGUCGCUUCUUGUAAACUUCUUGUAAAAUUUAAAAAAUAUAUGUAUUUUAUAGAAAAUUCUUCAAAAUAACAAGUAGCAGAAAAUUAAUAAAUAUUUUUUGUGCCAAGUUUAUUUUCAGCUGAAAUAUUUGGGAUAUGUUUUACAUUUGUUUUUAAGAAUGACAUGUAUUUUCUUGAAGGAAUCAAAACUGGAGUACACUUUAACAAGAAAUGUAAAAUGAUUUGUUGCAGAUAUGUUGUGGCCUAUUAUAAUGUAGUGUAUGUUAUUUGCAAUUAUAUCUGUGGAAAGUUGCUUAGACUUAAAAGUAAUAGAGUUACCAAUUUAUUGUACCAAUUUCUAUUUAUUACCUUUAUUCAAUUGUAGACAUAAAGCGAUUUUUGUCUUCUGUGUUAUUUUAACAAACAUGACAUUUGUGUUGAUUUAAUAUUGAUCUGUGAUGGUUUGCAGUUUU